GCAGGUCCUGCCGCCGCGCGUGAGGACGGCGGGGGCGCAGCGCGGAGCCGCCGCCGCACGGCGCCCCCGCUUGAGCGCCGCGGGGAUUUCGAGAUACUUUACACUUGAAGGGUACUUGGAGAAACCUAGGACACCUGUUAACUUGACUCAAGCUGGAAUUCUGGUGAAAAGCUAAGCAUUUGCUUCCUGGCUGCUGGGAGAAGAUUCUGCUUUCAGGUUAUCAGAAAUGACAAUUUGAAGAAUCAUCUUUCGAUAUGAACAAAGUAAAAACAUCAUCUGAAAAAAGCGUUUCUGCCAAUUCUCGGACUAUGUCCCUGCUGUCACAGUUGGAGAAGAUCAAUUUGGACUCUGUAUUAGGAGAAUCAGACAAUGCCAGAUAUGUUACCUCUAAGAUCCUUCAUCUGGUUCAGAGUCAAGAAAAAACCAGGAAGGAGAUGACUUCUAAGGGCUCCACUGGAAUAGAAGUUAUCCUGGCAACCCUAGAGAAUACAAAAGAUCCUCAAACUAUUCUAAAUAUAUUGAAUAUUCUCAUUGAGGUAAUCUCAGUUGGUGGCGGUCGGAGAGCAAGUGUCUUAGUUACCAAAGGAGGGACACAGAUCUUACUACAGCUGCUUUUGACUGCCAGCAAAGACUCUCCACCAAAUGAAGAAUUAAUGGUGCUUCUUCAUACUCUUCUUGCAAAAAUUGGUCCAAAAGACAAAAAGAUUGGCAUGAAAGCAAGAAUAAAUGGUGUCUUAAACAUACCAUUGAAUUUAGUGAAGCAGAAUUUGCAGAACCACAGGCUAAUAUUACCAUGUCUUCAAGUAUUAAGAGUUUACUCAACCAACUCUGUAAAUGCAGUAUCUUUGGGAAAGAAUGGAGUAGUAGAACUGAUGUUUAAGAUCAUUGGCCCUUUUAGUAAAAAGAACACUAGCCUUAUGAAGGUUGCUUUAGACACACUUGCUGCAUUGCUAAAAUCAAAAACAAAUGCCAGGAGAGCAGUAGACAGAGGAUAUGUGCAAGUGCUUUUAACGAUUUAUGUUGAUUGGCACCGUCAUGAUAGUCGUCACAGAUACAUGCUGAUACGUAAAGGAGUUUUGCAGUGCAUUAAAAGUGUUACAAACAUCAAACUGGGAAGAAAAGCAUUCAUUGAUGCCAAUGGGAUGAAAAUUCUUUACAACACUUCACAAGAGUGCCUUGCAGUAAGAACUCUUGAUCCUCUUGUCAACACAUCCAGCCUAAUAAUGAGAAAAUGUUUUCCUAAAAAUCGUCUUCCUUUACCAACUAUUAAAAGUGCUUUCCAUUUCCAACUCCCAAUUAUUCCUGCCAGCGGUCCUGUGGCUCAGCUGUACAGUUUGCCUCCUGGUGUGGAUGAUGUAGUGGAUGAAAGUGAUGAUAAUGAUGAUGCUGAAACAGAAUCUGAAAUUGAAACUGAAAAUGAUGAUGAUAAAGACCAACAUUUUAAGAAUGAUGAUAUUGAGACUGAUAUUAAUAAACUGAAACCUAGACAGGAAUUGGGAAGACCCAUAGAAGAAUUGAAAAUGUAUGAGCAGUUUUUCCCAGAACUUUCAGAAAACUUUCAGGAAUGGGACUUAGUUUCCAAGGAACCAAAGCCUUUUGUACCUGAUGCAAAUCUGAGUGGACCUAUUGUUGUUCCUACAGCCAGCGAGGAGCACUCUGCUGAAGCAAACCAGUCAACGAAAGGGGUUGCUUUGAAGGAAAGCAAUCCUUUUUUGAGAGAGGAAUAUAAUAGAAGGCCAGUCUUUCUGGAACUACCAAAGAAAGAUGGUAUGAAAGACAGUAGUUCACAUCACCAAAAUGAUCAAAGAAACAUGCUUCCAUCAUGCCAGUGCCUAAGCCAAGAAAUUGUAACAGGCUUAGACAGAAUCAGUCUGCAGAACAGUGCAAAAAAUGAUCAGUAUUAUGGUCCAGGGUGUGUAGUAAAGAAGGAAAGCAUAGCUAACCUUACCACACUUGCUUGUGGUAAGCCUUGUGAACAUGUUUCACCCUGUGGAAGUAGCCUAUUUGAAGGAUCAUCUGUCCAGCUGGGAAAACUCUGCUGCACUGGAGUGGAUUCAGAGGAGGAGGAGGAUUCCAGAUCUAGUUCAUCAGGGGAACAAGUCAUGCUUGAGGUUUCCGAUGUAUCAUCAGUUCAUGACUGUGAUCUUUAUAUUGAAAUGGUAAAAAGCACAAAAUCUAUUCCGGAAUAUUCAGAAGUGGCCUAUCCAGAUUAUUUUGGCCAUAUUCCACCCCCCUUUAAGGAACCUAUUCUGGAGAGGCCAUAUGGGGUGCAGAGGACAAAAAUCUCUCAAGAUAUUGAAAGGCUGAUUUAUCAAAAUGACAUUAUAGACAGAGUUGUGUAUGACCUUGAUAAUUUGAGUUGUUCCAUACCAGAGGAGGCAGAUGUUUUGAAGUUUAAUUCCAAAUUUGAAUCUGGAAACCUGCGCAAAGUUAUUCAGAUCAGAAAAAAUGAGUAUGAUCUAAUUCUGAACUCGGAUAUAAAUAGCAAUCAUUAUCAUCAGUGGUUUUACUUUGAAGUCAGUGGAAUGAAAACUGGCAUUGGUUAUCGAUUUAACAUCAUCAACUGUGAAAAGUCAAACAGUCAGUUUAACUACGGUAUGCAGCCCCUCAUGUAUUCUGUUCAAGAAGCACUAAAUUCUCAACCAUGUUGGACUCGUGUUGGGACAGAUAUUUGUUACUAUAAGAAUCACUUUUCAAGAAGUUCAAUUGCUGCUGGAGGUCAGAAAGGAAAAUCCUAUUACACAAUUACGUUCACAGUGACUUUCCAACAUAAAGAUGAUGUGUGCUACUUUGCUUACCAUUAUCCAUAUACAUACUCAACUUUAAAGAUGCAUCUUCAGAAGCUGGAAUCUAUGCACAACCCUCAACAGAUAUAUUUUAGACAAGAUGUUCUCUGCAAGACCCUGGCUGGCAACAGUUGUCCAUUAAUCACUAUUACAGCCAUGCCAGAAUCCAGUUACUAUGAACAUGUCUGUCAGUUCAGGAAUCGUCCUUAUGUUUUCCUGUCUGCGCGUGUACAUCCUGGAGAGACUAAUGCAAGCUGGGUUAUGAAGGGAACACUGGAAUACCUUAUGAGUAAUAGUCCAAAUGCCCAAUGUUUACGGGAAUCUUACAUUUUCAAAAUUAUUCCCAUGCUCAAUCCAGAUGGUGUCAUCAAUGGAAACCACCGUUGCUCUUUAAGUGGAGAAGAUUUAAACAGACAGUGGCAAAAUCCAAAUCCAGAUCUGCAUCCCACUAUUUACCAUGCUAAAGGGUUACUGCAAUAUCUGGCUGCUAUAAAACGUUUACCUUUGGUCUACUGUGAUUAUCAUGGUCAUUCUCGUAAAAAGAAUGUAUUUAUGUAUGGCUGCAGCAUCAAAGAGACAAUGUGGCAUACGAGUGUUAAUGCUGCUUCUUGUGACCUGAUGGAAGACCCUGGUUACAGGGCACUCCCCAAGAUCCUGAGUCAGAUUGCCCCAGCAUUCUGCAUGGGCAGCUGCAGCUUUGUAGUGGAAAAGUCCAAGGAAUCUACAGCACGGGUUGUUGUCUGGAGAGAGAUAGGAGUACAAAGGAGCUACACAAUGGAAAGCACUUUAUGUGGAUGUGACCAGGGCAAAUAUAAGAAUAUUCUUAAACAUGAAUCUUCAUGCAGUGUUGCUACAGAAAGUACUUAAGAAAAGUGAAGAGCUUUGUGGACAAACUUCCAAGAUGCUUAAACCUCCAAAGCCCUUCUUCUGCAAUGAAGGAAAAAAAUGGCUGGAUUCUGUGGAAGAAUCAUUUACUGAAAAGGAAAGAGCAUUCCUCUGUGUAAUAUAAAGUAGCUGAUGAGAUAAAAUUGCUGUUCUGCCAUUCAUUUUAUUUGGCAUAAAACAAUUUGUGAGGUCUUAGUCAUCCUCUGAAUGUACAGGAAGAUUCUUAAUUAUUUCUUCACUAGGAUAAUGCUCAGACUUACUAAGAAAAUAUAUCUAAAAAGCCCAGUUGACUGGACUGAACAGGGAAAGAACAGCAUUUCUCCAAUGAGAAGCUGAAAGAGAUAAAAAGGCUCAGGCUUGGGGUUUUUUUUUUGGGUUUUGUUGUUUGGGUUUUUUUGUGGAGGGAAUGGGGCCAGCAACUCUGUCAAUAAACUUGGGGUAUAAAUUAAAUUAUAUAUGUCAUAAUAUGUUAUUUCAAAAUAGAAAUUGAACUGUAGAAAUUUCCUUCCCUCCUACUUCCCAUCCCAAAGGGCAUGAGAGUUCAGACUCUCAGAUACACAGACUGGACUGUGUAAAGGUCUGAAGCACUUUUCCAGUCUUAUUCUGGUUUGGUGUCAUUGCUGAAUUUUGUUCAAAAUACAAAGAGGAUUACUGAACAAUUUAGUUCUCUGUGGAAGAAAUACUGAGUCUUUGCCAAAGCUGGGUAAUAUCUGAACAUCAGUUUUUCUUUUUAUUCUUUUUCAUUUUACUUGGACAAUGGUGAUGCUAGACUAUUUCCAGCCACGAAGCUGUGGAAUUGAAGUUAGCAAUUCUUACCUGAAUUUAGGAUCUCUAAUAACAGAGUAUCUCUGGAAGCAGUCUUUUUUCAACUGAUUACAUGGAGUCUUUGUAGUGUGUUGAGAAUUAGUGCUGCAAAUAUUGCUCAGUCGUCUGCAAUUCAAGAUGUUGAAAAACAAACUUUCAGGGGAAAAGAUUCUCCAGGAUCUACUAUGGAGCGUAAUUAAUAUGACAGACAAAAGAACAAUGUUUUUGAUAAUUUAAGCCACCUAAAAACUGAAAUCAGUCCCUUUCCUGAUUAGAAAUUACUAAGUUUAGGAGUAUUGAUCAGUUUUGAAGUUAAUGGAAACGAUUUUGUUAUGUGGAAAUUUUAUGAUGUAUGUGAAGAGAAGACUUCAGGAAGUAAGGAUUCAGUCAACAAACUUCUCAGUUAUGAUGAUUCUUCUGUCUUUAGAUUUUGAGUUCUCAAGAAUGAUUAUGUCUUUGUAGCCUCUGCUGAACACAGAAGAUCAGCAUGAUGUUUUGCUGUCCAACUGACUUCUCCAAAUCUUAAUUUGGUUAAGUACAUAUUACAGGAACAUUUUUCUCAACUUGAGGUCACAGUCUGUUGUGCCUUUGCUUUGUCUCUUUGCUUUCAGGUAGCAAAGUUAAUCACUGAAACGCUCU